UCAGAGUCACGCGCGGCCGAAGUGGUCUAUGGAAAUUGAGCGCCACCCCCACGACCACCACCACACUGCCACUGGCUGUUGUUGUUUGUUGUUGUCGCGAUCGAGGCAAGGUUUUCGGGUUACAAUUUUAUUUUUUAAACCGUGGUGGUGGAAAAGAUUAAGAAUCCUUGUUAUAUAAAACAUCACACGCACACGGAGAGAAAGAGAGAUCGAGAGAUGCAGUCGUACGGGCUGGAGAGAGGCCUCAACAUUCGCUACAGCCCCGGCCACGUUGAACUGUGUCAGGGGGAGGAGAGCGUGCGUGAGCGGCGCGUGCUGGUGACGGGCGCCACGGGGCUGCUGGGCCGCGCCGUCCACCAGGAGUUCCUCAACAACGGCUGGCAGCCGUUGGGCACCGGGCUACGCCGGGCCCGCCCGCACCACCUCCCGCUGGACCUGUGCGACGAUGCGGCGGUGCACAACCUCGUCCAGGACUUCAAGCCGCACGUGGUCGUGCACUGCGCGGCGGAGCGCAGGCCGGACGUGGUGGAGAACGAGCCGCAUUCCGCGCACCUCCUCAACGUGGUCGCGUCCGCCACGCUCGCGCGGGAGACUGCCCAGGUGGGCGGCUUCCUGGUCUACAUCAGCACCGACUACGUGUUCGACGGCAGCAGUCCCCCCUACAGCGAGAGCGCCGAGCCGCGGCCGCUCAGCGCGUACGGGCGCAGCAAGCUGGAGGGCGAGCAGGCGACGCUGCGUGAACACCCCGCGGCGGCGGUGCUACGCGUGCCGGUGCUGUAUGGCGCCGUCGAGACCCUGGCGGAGAGCGCCGUGUCCGUGAUGUUCGACCGCGUGCAGCGCUCCAACAAGUCGGCUGACGUGGAGCACUGGCAGCAGCGCUACCCGACGCACACGCGCGACGUCGCUCUCGUGUGCCGUCAGCUCACCGAGCUGCACCUGCAGGACCCCGCCGCCAUCAGGGGCAUUUACCACUGGUCGGGGAAUGAAAAGAUGACUAAGUACGAGAUGGCGUGCGCGAUGGCCGAUGCCUUCAAUCUGCCGAGCAGUCACCUGAGACCGGUGGAGGAGCCUCCGUCCGGGGUGCCCCGUCCGCACGACGCUCACCUCGACACGUCGCUGCUCGAGAGCCUGGGCGUCGGGCAGCGCACGCCGUUUCGCCAGGGAAUCCACGAGUGUCUCUGGCCUUUCCUGGACGACAAUCGGUGGCGCCAGACGGUCUUCCACUGAGGGCCCGGGCACCCGGCGGGAACAGCGCGCCGUGGGGUUGGCGAUUCCAUAGGUUGUCACGAUUCAAGGGUUUCACGAUUCGAUUCAGGAUUCUUCCGCUUUUAUUUCGCUUGUACGUUUGUGCUGCGCUGUCUCUCCCCCCCCCCCCCCCCCCCCCCCCGUGUUCUCGAUCAGGUGCGUUAGGUCUCGUCCAUGCCAUUAGCCCGAAGGUAACUUUUUUUGUUCUUCAUUAUUUGCGUAAAUACGAUGUAACCGGCUCUUCCACGCAAGAUUUCAGUGUGCGUAGCAUGGACGUAAUGUACCGUUUCUUGAACUUCUUUCGCACCGUACGUACCCACCCAGUCGUGCUAAUCGGAGGCGCGCAGGAAGGACAACAAACUGAACACAAAAAGCAGUUCUCAAGGAAUGAGUUUUUUAGCUUUUCAUUUAGAUAUGAUUUAACUUUACCAAUUGUUACACGCCUACAACUGACACAGCAUAUCUAUGGAAUCGCAGUUAAACAAAAAAAAGUGUAACAUUGCGUGUGUUUGUGGCAUGGUCAUCUUUGUUGAAAAAAUGACAAUACUUUAUCAUCACCUUUUAUAUUUUAGUUCCUAUCCACUGCUUGAGUAGUGCCUCCUGCAUUUGCUCUUUUGUCACGUGCUGCCCGUGAAGCACUUUACAAACGUGUCUCGCUUAACGAUAGUGAUAGGUUCCGCGAAAACUGGCAGUUCAGCGAAAACUCGUUGAAACGAUCACCGUUUCCCCAUUGGCUCCCAUGUUAAAAAGCCGACUUACGUUUCAUCCCCCAGAACAUGCCACUCCUGAACAACUUUCUUAACGUGAGAAAUACGAAUGAUCAUUUUUAAAGAAAGUAAUAAAACAUCAAAUGUGACACCGACCACCACCCACCCAUGAAGAACCACAGCGCGUGCAGGGUGCCUGUCCGUAGUGUAGCCCCCCCCCCCGCCCAGCCAUCCAUUUAAAUGCCAUUACGAAGCCUCCCACAUGGCGAAUCACGUGGUGCAGCACAGUCGGUAAACAAACAGCUGCUGGACGCGGUGCGCUUUUGAUCAAUUCGCUACUCGAACGUUCGCUCGUUUUGCGAACAAAUGGGUCUCAAUUCAAAUUUUUCGCACAGCUCGUUGAGCGAGACACCUGUAUUUGAUUUAUCUGUCCCAACUUCAUCGCAAUUUCUUUGUUAAUUAUUCUAUGUGUGUAGCCUCUUACGUCACCGGCUUAUUGUAUCGCUCAUUUACCUCUCCAUCUAACACGGUGUAGUUAUCCGAGUCCUUGUAGUCAUUUGUUAAUAACCAAGUUUGAAAUGUUUUGUUUUAAUGUUGAUUUUGCGUUUGAAUACAUGGUGUAUGUACGAACAUACCGGAUAGUACAGUAACGCAGUACAUUAUCAAUGAAUGUACACCGAGAUAGGUUUAUCGGGGUUGGUAGUGUGGCCAGAUUUGCUCGCGCAUUUUUUUCUAAAGUAGUAACGCGUUAAGUGCUUUUUUUUUACAAAAGGACGUGUAGUUCACCGUUGCUCCUUUGCUUCUACGCGCCUGGAAUUAUUUUGGGCCUUUAAAAGUGUAACUACUGCAAUGAUGUCCAUUAACCAAUUCACCCUGUCAGCGCAGAUGAUCAUUAUCAGUAACCGGUCAUUCCCUUUCACCCUCCACUUGCCCCCUUGCCGUUAUUAAUGUUUGUAUGAAAGCUAAAACCUGUACUCCGGUACAAUAAGGGAUGUUUGUGAAAAUGCCACGUUGUGUUGGUAUAUACACACACACAGUUGUCGGCAUGUUGCGCUGAUCUGUUCACGUUACCACGUGAUGACCUCCCCUAAGCCACCUGUGGAUAAACCAUCAAGUUAGCUGCCGAUGCAGAGACAGCAAUUAGUGACGAGAUGUUGGGCCCACACCAUCGCCUCCCUCUGUAACUUUCCGACCAUUGUUCCCUACAGCCCCUUGUCAAUGCACUGCUGGAUGAAGGCCUCCCCCACACCAUGUUACUCAUGAGGUUUAUAUGACCAGACAUCUCCAUCCUGGUGAAAGGAGGGGGGCAGAGGGGGUGGACCAGGACCGGUUCAAAUAUCACCGAUGUUAGUCAUGACCGACAAUUUAACUCGGGUUGCCAGGUGCAUAGUGCAGUGUGGUAUAACCGCUGUACGACCACUUCCGCGACCAUUGAGCACUUAUUAACAGCAGUGUCCUUUGCAGUGCCAUCAAAGCGAAGAGGAAGAUAUCUUUGUGCGGAUGACGUCUCCUUCAUUGCCGGUGCAUUACACUCCAAAACUGAGUGUGUCUGAAUUCACGCUCGAGUCUUUUAAACGUUAUCGCGCUUGCAGCCAUCGACAAUGGGAUAGUCGGUUAAGCGAGCAAGAUCUGCUCCUGUCAAGUGUUGUCUGGCACCGUCGCUGCUACAAGCACUCCAUAGCAUGAGACGCACGUGGCUUGACACUGCGCUGAUGAUACUGUGUCUGAACACUGGGAGCCCAGCGCGUGUGCAUGCUGUUCGUCAGUUUCGGUGUGUGUGUGAUUUAUUUCAAAGAAUUGCAGUUUAUGGUUGUGAGCACGCCAUGUUUAAACCUGCCCAGCGCUGCGACGUUCACACACACACACAUUGCACACAGGAAGAUAGAUAAAAUAGGUCAUUUGAAAUGCUGUUGGGGAAAUGAAUGAAUAGAUGGGUAAGUCGAAGUUAGACUGGAUUUGCCUUUUGUAAAGGAACAAGAAAGAAACCUUUGAUUUGUUACCGCAACACGGGUCUUGCGAUUCACCAUCUCGUGUUCAGGAUGGCUGCUGUUAUCAGAACCGCGCAGUGAGAGCGGGGCGGAGAGAGGGUUGAGUGGGCACACGGGGCAACGUUCCCUGGGCCUCACAAGAGAGGGCCCUCCAUCAGGGGCCUGGGCUUUUGAAUAACGGAGCUCCCCGCGUGGCAUUCUGCCCGGGGCCGUCAGCCCCAGGCCUCCGGGAGCCUGCGGGCAGCCCUGGUUGUUGGGGCAGAUCAAGUGAGCUGUGCGACGGUUUCCCGUUUUGUGCACGGGUGUUGGUUCCAACAAUACGCACUAUUUUUUGUGAUCUUUUUCUUUUAGGUCCAACACAGCUCUUUAAACCAAGUGUGAACAGGUCGCGUGGGUCGCUUGUUCAAUGAAGUCUUCGCUUCUCAAUGCCAUUUUGAAUGUAGGCCCCCCAUUAUUUGCCGCUUGCGUGGUUUUUUGUUUUUGUUCGUGCGCGCGUGUGUCUUGCGCGAGAGGUUUCGGCACUGCGGUAGAGAUUUUUUUUUAAGCCAGUUUGAGUGAGAUGCGAGUGUGCGCCGAGUGGCGCUCCGAAAGUGUUGCCGGACGCGGAGGCGUUUUUGAAGCGAGAGCCACUUCGACUCCCAAGCUGCGAAGCCGUUUCCCAAGUUUGCACUUGCUUCAGCUUUCAAACGCCCCUCGAUUGCUUCGGUUUGUUCUCGUGAAAGGCGAGAAUAUUUUUUAGUUGCACGGGCAAAGUUGCCAGUUGGGGUUUUUCCAAAGGCGCCGUCGCUCGUUCGUUCGUUCGUUCCUCAAAGGUGUUACGUUAUCAACACUUUGUUCACAAAUGUUGAAUGGGAUCGGUUCGGUUGAAAGUGCGCGCCAUUUGUGACACGACCGGACGUGUUCAAGGCACAGCAAAGCGGCGGUCCAUUUAUAGAUACCCCACGAAAAAGUUAAACGAAACUUUUUGUAUCUUACCAGGUAAGGCGCUACUGAGCUAUACUUAGCUCUUUUUCAGAAGCGACCUGGUCACAAAUGAUAGCUCAACGAAGCGGCUCAUCAUCGUGUGAUGAAAUGUACAGCAGCCAAAUACUCUCAACGCAUGUUUCUAAACGUGGAGUGGAAGAAUCAGAGGACCCGGAGAAAUAUCCACGCACCCACGGUGCGAGAGGCACGCAAACCCCAAAUAUGCAGGUAGCGUCAGGUUCUGGAGCUAAGCCACGACCUCCUGCAUACCAGGCGAGACAGGUAUCAGUUACAGGGGAAAACUACCGGUACAUUUCAUUUCAAAGCCUCCACAUCUCUCACAAAAAUUCGAUGCACUUACGAAAUCGUUUGUGAACUCGUCCCCCGAUGCACUUUGUCCAGCCGUAGUAGCCGGUGUGAUGUUGCCGACAUCAUCCGAUGAUGAUGCUUCUUACGCUGAGGCCAUCAACGGUGCCUUGUGACCAGCCCGGGGUCGUUAGGAAUCAGUGGGGGAGUAUCUAUACGUCGAUCGCCGUGUAAUAAGUUGACGUUUCACCUCGAUUUGAAAAAAGCUAACGUCAGCCGGGCUGCUGUUAAAUGGUUCGAUCGUUGAUUUGAAGCUUUCGUGACCGCAGGAAUCCAUGCUCUUUGGUUCUUUCAGUAAAGUCACGUGGGUAGUCAUUGUGUUGCGAUCGAGACGUCGUGAUUUGUUUGAUUUGAUUUCUGACUACGAGACUUUACCGAAAGAACCAAAGAAGAUGAUUCCUUGCAGUCACGAAAGCUUUAGAUCGAAAUUUAGCCAAAGAGUGUGUUUAAAUGGUUGCGAGGACAUCAGCAUUGGAAUGUCCAGUGCGGAAGAUUGCAAGAGAUUUGUUCCGCCUUUAAGACGUUGCAAAUGUAGACGUGGUCGGGCGCCUUUGGACCGGUGUGUUGAAGUUGUGAACUGCUUUGUGGCAGCCCCCUUCCAUUCGGUCGUGUUUACAUGAAUGAAAAAGUGUUACCCUACAACUUAUUUGUUAGACAUUGUUUCUCUCCAUCUAUUGCAACGCCGCUUGCUCUCUACGAUCUUCAGCGCGGAUAGCGUGAACGUCAAUGCCCUCCUACAGCCUGAUCGAUGUGUUCGGUGGGGAAAUGGCAAAACAUUACCAAUUUUUUAACGUGAUUACACAGCUGAAAACUUGUUAUCGACAAUUUGUAAAUAGAACGUUUACGUAAAAUUGGGGUUUUUUUUUGUGUGCCAGAUUUUCCUGGCACUUAUCCGAUUCAAUUGGCGCCACAUGGUAUUCCACCACAUUUGCGCGUGGAUUGAUAUUUUUGUAUCGAUUCCAUACCUGUCAACUCGUACGGUUUACCCGUGUUCUUGUGCAGGGAAAUUGAGUAACAUUUUUUUUCUCUCUCUCUCUCGUGAUGGGACCUUGCCGGAUGAACCUUGAGCUUCUUAUAAGGAUGCACGGGGUGAACCAAUAAGGUCUGAAUUGGUCUGCAAUAAGGUAGGACACUGAUGAAAGGGUUUGACAGGUUUGGGAAUCUUCUGGAGCUAGCUGCUGUCGCAGCGGUCGAGGUCUUCCACGGCGUUUCCUAAACACCGGCGCGCGCGACCUCGCGGCCUUCGUCAGCGCGCCCCUUGGGGACGCAGUUUCCCCCCCACCCCCCCUGCUGCCUUCUCAAGGCGCGGCCGACCCCGCUGCGUUGAAUGGCACGGAGCCAAAUCGUCUGUCGUCGGCACCGCAAACGUCUGGCGCGUAAUGCGCAACAACGCGCACGCGCGCACUCACACACACGUAACCAAUCGAUGUUCGGUAAUUGACAGCGUUUGCUUCAAAGUUUUUCAAAUGUUCUCCCCCAAAAAAAUCCCGAUGGCCGGCACAGUUCCUUGCGGAUGAUUCGUGACGGUAAUUGCGGUGAAUGAAUGUAUCCGACACGUGCUCAUGGUGUUGUUUGUUUUUCCUGCUUUGCUUUUCGCUUUUGAAGUUGCGACCCGCCGAGAUUGUCCGCGGCUUCGAUGAAUGUUGUUGCUGUUGCACGUGAUCGCGUGGCGUACGCGCUAUAAAGGUUUCACGUUACAAUCAC